AUGUCAAGACCAGAUAUACCGCUAAAUCAGAAUCCCGAUGUUUUCCAGUUACUUCGUGACGAGGUACCCCUGUUUGACAACUCUAUAACGUCUAAAGACAAAGAAAUCAUCGAAACACUAUCUGAAAUAUAUUCCAUUAUAAUAACUUUAGAUCAUGUAGAAAAAGCGUAUUUGAAGGACUCUAUAAACGAUACUCAAUACACAAAUACGGUCGAUAAGCUAUUAAAGCAGUUCAAGAUCUACUUAAAUUCGCAGAAUAAAGACGAAAUCAACAAACAUUUCCGAUCCAUCGAAUCGUUCUCAGACAAAUACAACAUUACAGCUUCAAACGCAAUAACGAGACUGGAAAGAGGUAUACCGAUAACAGCAGAACAUGCCAUCUCUACCACCAUCACUGCUGCGUCGGGCGGUAAUGAGCAGGCUUCUUCUAGCGAUAAAAAAUUUAAUGCUAAAUACGUCGCCGAAGCCACCGGUAACUUCAUCACCGUAAUGGAUGCCUUGAAACUCAACUAUAAUGCCAAGGAUCAAUUGCACCCCUUAUUAGCAGAACUAUUAAUCAGCAUAAACCGUGUCACCAGGGAUGAUUUUGAAAACAGAUCGAAACUGAUCGAUUGGAUUGUCAAAAUAAAUAAGUUAUCAAUUGGCGAUACCCUGAACGAAACUCAGAUAAGAGAAUUAUUGUUUGAUUUAGAUCUAGCUUAUAAAAGUUUUUAUGCUUUAUUAGAUUAA